AUGGCCUACUCAGUAUGCCUCUACACGUUAGACCUCUCUCCUUCCAUGUCCACCUUCACCAAGGACGGGUCCCACCUCUCCCUGGCACAGGAAUACAUUGCUCGCCUAGCCGAGCCCAAGAUCCAAAGCGGGCGGAAGAGCGAGCAUGUUGGUCUCGUGUCGUUUGGGGGACGGACACAUAACCAGGCCCAUUCGGCUUGGGUCGCGGAACAUGGAGACGACGAUCCGCCUUAUACCGCGAUUUCGAGCGAUGUGGCCAUCCAGAGCGCCAAACCUAAGAUGCUCGAGGUGCUCAUGAACCUCGAGGUUGGGGAGGAGGCGGGGAAUCCCGUCGGUGCCCUCAUGGUCGCGCUGGACAUGAUAGAGCAGCAUAAACAUACGAAACGGUGGAGUAUUGAGAUUAAGCUCGUUACGGAUGGCGAGAGCGUUUUCGUGCAGGAAGAAUACGAGGAUGCAAUGACGCGGCUUGAUGCGCUUGGAGUCAAGCUCACCGUCAUCGGAAUCGGUUUCGACGAUCCCGCCGACCCGAUUGACAAGACCAAGUCCAAGCCCAAACGACUCAGCGAGAAGUUCUGGCGCGCCUUCAUUAAUGGCUUGAACGAGCAGAUGUCCAAGACUACAGACAGCGACCUCUUCCUUCCCCGCCUGCUCACUUUCGACUCCGAACUGGAAGAGGCGCGCCGCCCGCAUCCGGCCACAACCGAGGGCACGGUCAGCGGGAUCCACCUCUACAUCGGCGCGGCGGGGGUGGAUUCCGACGCGGCCAUCUCGAUCCCAAUGCAGUACUCCAAGGCGACGAUGAAGGCACGGCCGCCGAGCUUGAGCAAGACAUGGAAGACGGCGGUCGACGUACAGGCCCCGGCACGGGGCACGGAGGCGUCCCAGCUCCUCUCGCAGAUUGAGAGCCAGGGCGCUCUGGUUGGGGCUAUCUCAGGCAAGAUCAACCGCCACAUGCUGUACUUUAUCCGCAGAGCCGAGGCUGCCUCGUUUCAAGCAACGCAGUCACAGCCACAGUCGCAGCGGAUAGAAGACGACCCGGACUUCAUACUCCCAACUCAAACCCAGACCCUAACCCAAACUGUGGAGGAGGAGCCAGUAGAGAAGGAGGAUCUCGUCAAGGCGUGGCGCUUCGGUUCGUCACUCAUCCCCGUCGAGGCAGACACGUUCGAGCCACUUCCCACUCAGAAGGGCAUCGAGGUGCUCGGCUUCAUCCCACAGGCGCAUGUACGCAAAUACAUGCUGAUUGGGGAGGUGCGAUACCUGUGGCCUGACCUUGCGUCGGGACGCGCACAGAUCCAGUUCUCGGCGUUCGUGUCGGCGCUCUUCACGACGGGAUUGGUGGCGGUUACCCGCUUCGUGACGCGCGACAACGCCGAGCCUGCACUCGGGGUUGCGAUUCCGCAAAUCGACUAUCUUGGCGACGACAAGAGGUUGGACUUGAUGUACUGGAUCCGGUUACCCUUCGCGGACGACGAGCACAAGUUCUGGUUUCCCAGUUUGGACAAAUACGUCUCGACAACAGGCAAGGAGAUCACGGAACAUCCCUUCAUCCCGACAAAAGAGCAAUGUGCGCUUAUGGACGAGCUGGUAGCGGGCAUGGAUCUGGACACUGUGCCGCCUCCGGGAGAACAGUCUGCCGACUCGGCGCGUUCCGAUUCUGAAGAGGAAGAAGACUUUGGCACGUGGUUCUCCUCUGCGCGCGCGGUCAACCCAACCAUCCACAGGAUAAAGGAAGCGAUCCUACACGCGUCGCUGACCGACGGGCCUCUCGGCCCGCCACAUCCCGAAAUCACGCAAUACUUCUACACGCCAACCCAAAUCGCGGAACGGGUGGAGAAGGUGUCUGGACGCCUCAAGGACGCACUGGACAUCAAGAAGGUGCCACUGCGCCAGCGACGCCAGGCUGGCAAGGAGGUGAUGAAGGAAGACGAGGGGUUCUUGGACAUUGACGACUUGUUUGGUGCCGGACCCAGUAGUUCUGGGCCGAGCAAUGUGGUCCAGGACAGCCCGAGCAGUGUGGUAAAGGACGAGCGGACUAGUUCGGUCAAGCCCAAUGGGGCCGAUGACGGGGUCAAGGUCGAGGGCGGGGAUGAGGAUGGGGAUACGAAGCCCAAGGCUGAGCCCAAGGAGCCAAAGAUCGAGCCUAAAUCCGAGCACACUUCCCCUGUCAAGGCCCGGCCCAAGCCCGGCCGGCUCAUCAGCAACGAGAACCCGCUGGAGGAUUACCACCGCCUUGUACAGGCCGAAGGGGAUAUGUUCCGCAAAGCAAUUACAGACCUCGCCGCUGUUGUGCGUGAGAACAUUGCGGCUAGCUUUAGCAGGCAGGCGUUCCCGCUAGCGCUGGAGUGUCUUGAGGCUAUGCGGGCGACAGCGUUGACCUUUGAAGAGGUCGAGACGUAUAAUGCCGCGGUCGACGAGCUGGAGAAGACUGUCAAGGCGGCCGGGUUCAAGCACCUGGAUUUCUGGAAACACUUUGAGAAGGCAGGAAGCAGGGUCGCGCGUAUCUCGGAGGACGAGGCCGAGGCCGCGCUCGAGGAGGAGGAGUACGAUUAG